CAUCUUCCUUGAUUCUUCACUGCCCCUUGGUCCUAUUCUACCUUCUCCUCCUUUCAAGGUGAAAAACUUUCCUUGUCACAAAAAGGAGGAACUCCUUUUCCAUAAACCUGACCCUGUUAGAGAUAAGGCGAAGCCUAAAGCUUGGCAUCACUUCUGGCCUUGUCACCUAGAGGGCUGGAAUGAACGGGUAGAGUGGAUGACCAUGGUUAAAUCCACUAAAUAGCAUAGAUUAGGAAUUUUCCAUGCUAUCUAACUAACCGAACGUUUCAUUCCUCCUGACUGUCCUCUUCUCCAGGUGGCCAUGUGUUUUUGGUCUCAUUCCACCAAUGCUUUUCACUUUCCCUAUAGAAUGCUUAGCCCAACCCUAAUGGACAUAGGAGCCCUUCUAGGCUUAACAUCUUUGGGUGAGGAGCUCAAUGGUGCCACCGCUGGCCAUCUUAAUGAUAAUGGCUUGAAAUUUGCUAGGCAUUGCACUUAUCCCAAUUAUGUGACAAUGUAUAGGAAAAAGGUUGGCCUUGUCUCCCACUAGGAAUAUGUUGCAAUCCUACUCAUUUGGCUAUGUCGUUUUAUGACUUGUUCGAGAGUGGAGAAGAUCACCAAAGCCUUCCUUAAGCUGGCGAAUGCCAUAGCUGAUGGUCACUCUAUGGAUUUAGCCUCCACAAUUCUCUCCCAUUUAUACCGUGGAUGUAAUGUUGUUCUUGAAGAGCACUUUACCAACGGGGGUGGUCCAUUCUGGCUCCUACAGAUGUGGCUCCAGAGCCUACUUCCCUGAAAUUUACCAUCCUCAGGUUCAAAACACUCCUUCCAUCAUGGGCUACUCUUUCAAGCAUAAGUUGGCUCCUCCUCUUUCUCGUGCAGAAUAUUUUGAAUUUUUCUUUACUUUACCCUUUGACCGUCUUCCUGAACAUUUCAUGCCUUUCCAUUCCCUUGAAAACAUACCUGACUGGUUGGCUUCUGCUAUUCGUGAGCCUUUAACUACAUCUGACCUGUGGGCUAGUUAUCCGACCUGCCGUGAUCUUCACUUUGGAAUUACUCUUGAGCAUUCCAAAAAUAACAUGUGUGGGUCUAGAUGAUACAAUCCUCAUUUCGUAGCAUGCCAAUUCGGUCUUAUCCAAUCUGUUCUGCACCCUUGCUAUUACUCUCUAUCUUACCGAAGGCUUAAUCAUCCCAUAUUGUUCAGUGAGGCAGAGAUUUAAAAGAUCACCAAUCUGAAAAUCUUCAUUCUUUCUGAAUUCUCUCCCGAUCCAUUUCAAUUGGCCCCUUCUACAACCAAUGACUUCUAGUCUUGGUGGCAAUCCUAUUAUGUCGAAACUUUGGAUGCAACCCCUUCCAAUCGUGCGUCUACUACCUCGGCUCAUGACAAAGAUUCUAUUGCAGCUUCAUUUCCUGAAUUACAGAGUCCAGGCAAUUGGAAAAAUCAUCUUCACUCUGCUAAAGGAGAGACACCGAAAAGCCAUGGAGAAUUUAGAACGCGUUGAGCAUCAUGAAUUCAUAGCACGGCCAGAAAAUGAGACCGCGCUUCCAUCUAGCAUUGCUCAAGAAUCCUCAGACUCCCCUGAUGAUGUCCAUACUACUGACGAACUGACCAUACUACCAGCGGGUAGUCUUCCUGAAGAGAAAACUUCCUUGAAAAGGCUUAAGCGAGGUAAACGGCCUGCAACCACUCCGACUAAGUCUCCUACCCUGACAUCGAAACUGUCUCGGACAGUAGUGCUUAUAUCUAACUCUCCGCCCAAGAAAUAUAAAAAAGUCACCAAUCUACCUCUACAUGAUGAUGCUGCUAUUUUCGUAACUUCUGAUGUACUUAAAGGCAAGGGUCAAGUUUCCAAUCAAGUACCUGUUCCCAUUCUGCCAAAGGCUCCGUCUACUCCAACUUCUAAAGACGUAAUUCUCUCUUUUUUUUUUUUUUUUUUAACUGAUUCAUCUUUUCAACCUUCUUUUCUCAUAUAUGAGAGUGGUCAUAGAAAUUUUUUCUUUCAUAGGCCUUCACAUCUCUUCCCAACUUUAGUGGCUAUUGGAUGA